GUAAGGUAAGUAUUUGAUACAGAGAUUCAUUGAAAGACUGACGAGACAGAGCAGAUGGUUGUCUAAGUGCAUUAGCGAGGUCUCUCCCGGACAAAGAGACAAAGCAGACUGGAGUUUUAAGAUGCUCAGGGUCUUUUGAAGAAGCACAAAGAAAUGGGCGACCAGACGAAAGCCGCAUGAAGCCUUUUAAUCUGUCAAAAUCAAAAGAUUUCCAGCGGUGCCAUCACCUCAGAACUGGCAGAAACCAGAGAGAACCAGAUACGCCCAUCAACUACCUCAAGAACUCUAGCCAGAAGUGUUCAUCAUGGAAAAAAUGUAACCAAAAAGUCACACCUCUGAUGUGGGAAAAACAGACCAGGGAGGUGAACCUGCUCUGGAGUCCUGAAAUCUUGCAGUCCCUCACAUCUGGAAACAAGCUCCAGUGUUCAGAUUUCAUCCUGGCUGUGGGACACAACGCUGCCAGCUUCCUGUCAGCGUACGUUCUCAGCUCGUCAAACUGGGACGCAGUUGGACGUGCGUCGGUGUGGAACGAGAGGAGCCGGGCUGUAGCUGGGCAAAGCAGCGAGGACUCAGCAUGUGUUUUCUACAGACAUAAGGACAACCCAUCAGUUCUGAUCUGCAGAGUGACCUGCUACAUUGCAGAAGACCAGCUUUUUCAGUGGGCAGAGAAGGUGUUCGACUGUGUGCAGCACAGAGGGCUGAACGUGACUGUGCUGUCAGACAGCUCUGUGGCUGAUUACAAGACAGAAAAUUAUCUGUCCAGCAGCUCUGCUCCCUUCCUGCGCUCUCUCCACACCACUGCUUUCAGUGAUCAGCCUGUCUGCCAGUCACUGGAGCAGCCCAACAUAGUCACAGGGCUUCCAGCAGCAGUGCUGAACCACUGCCAGGUCCACUGCAUUGCUGCUGCUGUUUAUCAGUGUUACAGUGAUGUCAUUGGCCCUGACUCUGUCACCAUGGAGACCUAUACGCCUGUGUUAACCAAACUUGGCAAAGUGAUGCAGCUGGUCCAGCCUCCAUCCACAGAUGUCCUCAGCAAGUUUGUCCGAAGCACAGAUAUUCAGAGUAACCUUUAUAUUUGAGUGUCCAUCUUGAACACUGAUGUGUCAUUAAAUUCUAUUUUACUGUAAGGUGCUCACAUGCUUUUUUAAAUAAAUACAUUAAAAGGAUAAAGAAUUC